UUCCGUUGGAGCAUGCGCGGGGGAGGUAAAAGAUCCAGCAAAAUCCUAUCCUCUGGCGUUGCUGGUCUCUGUGGGACUGAUGCUUGUUACCUACAUCGUUCCAGCCUUUGUUGGCUUGAGUGUGGCGCCAUACUUUGAGCUGUGGAAAGGUGGCACGUUUACAGACAUCGCUGCAAGUGUUGGAGGUCGUCCGUUGGAGAUUUGGUUGGGACUUGGAGGAGUCACUAGCGCAUUUGGGCUUCUCCUAACUCGUCUAUGUAUGAGCUCAAGGCUUGUCUAUGGAAUAGCCGUUGCACAUAAGGCACCCCAGUUCUUUCAAUCUAUUGAAGAGAAACAUGGAACUCCUUGGGUAGCACUAAUUAUCACGGCUUUCUGCACUCUGCUGCUGUCUGGAUCAGAGUUUACACUUCUUGCUGAGGCGGACAUGGUGUUGUACUGCAUCUCUUCAGCAUUGAAGUUCUCAGCUCUUAUCUACCUGAGGUUCACAGAGCCUGAUGCGUACAGGCCGUUCCGCAUUCCUGUGGGCAAUGUAGUGCUUACUGGUCUUACGACUAUUCCGCUCCUAGUGUGCUUCGCAAUGGUGCUGCUGGGUUCACCCUUUUCACAUCUUGUGGCUCUCUCAUGCCUUAUGUUCUCCAUCAUAACCCAUGUUUGGCUCGAGGCCAUUGUUCCAUUCCUACAAAGGGCAGCAUCGGCUGCUGCUGUUGUGUACUACGGGAUGAAGGAGAAGUUCACGAGAACGUACUCUCGGCCAACACAUACUACCUUCAGUGCAGAUCCGCAAGACACUACACAACAAGCGUGACUUAUACAAUGAUGCUACGUACCCUGCAUUGUCUACUAUGUACCAUGUUUAUGCAAUUCAAUCAGUGUUGACAUUGGCGGUAGUAUGAAG